AUGGCAAUAUUGCAGGACAUAUUAUAUAAAGUGAGUAUCCGCUCUGUGCAUGGCAAUACCCAGGCCGUUGUAAAAGAUGUGCAGACAGAUUCCAGGAAGGUGAGUGAAGGGACAGCCUUUGUGGCCAUUGCAGGGGUUGCUGCAGACGGCCAUCAAUACAUCGAUACCGCGAUCGGAAAAGGGGCCACUGUAAUUAUCUGCGAACAAUUUCCAUCAGCGCUGGAAGACAUUAUUACUUAUGUACAGGUAGAGAACAGUGCCGCCGCCGCCGGGUAUAUGGCGCAUAAUUUUUACGGGCAGGCUUCAGAAAAACUGCAACUGGUGGGCGUAACGGGCACCAAUGGUAAAACCACAAUUGCCACCUUACUGCACAAGCUCUUUACAGCAUUGGGAUAUAAAUGUGGUUUGCUGAGUACGGUACAAAAUCAUAUUGGCGAUACCAUCCUGCCGGCUACCCACACCACGCCCGACCAGGUAACGCUGAACCAGCUGAUAAGACAGAUGCUGGAUGAAGGCUGCACGCAUGUAUUUAUGGAAUGCAGUUCACACGCCAUUCACCAGCACCGCAUUGCAGGCCUGCAUUUUACAGGUGCCUUAUUCAGCAAUAUAACGCACGACCACCUUGACUAUCACAAAACGUUUGAAGAAUAUAUAAAGGUUAAAAAAUCCUUUUUUGAUGCGCUUUCGUCAGAUGCUUUCGCCAUUUCUAACCUGGACGAUAAAAGAGGCGCUGUGAUGCUCCAGAAUACCCAUUCUUCAAAGUAUUACUACAGCCUUAAAACAAUGGCUGAUUUUAAAGGGAAGAUCCUGGAGAACAGUUUAACUGGACUGGUGAUGCUGGUGAAUGAGCAGGAAGUGCAUUUCAGGAUGAUAGGCGAAUUCAAUGCCUAUAACCUGCUGGCGGUAUAUGGGGCUGCUAUUUGUAUGAAAGAAGACAGGCAUGAAGUAUUGCGUUGCCUCAGCAUACUAAGUGGUGCAGAAGGACGGUUUGACUACCUGGUAUCGCCAAAUGAAAAAGUGAUGGGCAUUGUUGAUUACGCGCAUACUCCCGAUGCGCUGGUAAACGUACUGACCACCAUACAGAAAUUGCGCAAAGGGUACGAACAGAUAAUUACCGUGGUAGGCUGCGGUGGCGACAGGGACAAAACCAAACGCCCGGUAAUGGCUGCAGAAGCCUGCCGGUACAGCGACAGGGUGAUACUAACCUCCGACAAUCCGCGCAGCGAAGACCCGGCACAGAUAUUAAAAGAUAUGGAACAGGGUUUGAAUACCGCCGCGAAACGAAAAACUGUGUCCAUUGCAGACAGGCGGGAAGCCAUCAAAACAGCCAUCAGUUUCAGCAAGCCGGAUGAUAUAGUGCUGAUUGCCGGCAAAGGGCACGAGAAAUACCAGGACAUCAAAGGGGUGAAACACCAUUUUGAUGACAAGGAGGAACUGGAAAAGAUUUUUAUCCUGCUGAACAAGUAG